GACUGCAGCAUUGCUGGAGACCGGAGGCAGCAGCAGCAGUCCCGAGCAGUGCAGGUGAGAGGGGAAAAAAACCAGAGGAGGAGGCGCGUGUGGAGGAGUGAGAGAGAAUGCGGGACUCUUGGAAAAAGACGCAUCUACACUCGGUCCAUCGCCGAGACAUCCAUCCCGAACACGGGCUGCACAGGAUUAUGCUAAAUUGAUGCUGCACUCGGGAUACCCCCCUUUUAGUCCACAAAGAGUGGCUCUGGUUUUUCUAUUUUAUGAGAAAAUACAUGAUCAGAAAGUCGGCUUGCAAAACACUCCUCUCUCCAGAUAACUUGCGUGAAGGAAUCCGACUGCUUGGCACGUUGCUCCACUGCGGGAAAAAGAGGAAAACGCAGCUGGAUCUGAAGUGGUGCUGCAUUGCAGUUUCUAACUGUGAAAAACGCGAGAAAAGCCUCUGUCCCAAAUGUGACUGGAAUAAAAAGAAGUUACAAAUAGCAUUAUGAACUGAUAAGCGCCCUUGUCCGGAUAGCUCUCCGGUUUACGGAGGGAAGAGAAAGAAGUGAGGAAGUGGAUUAAUCCAAUUCUGAUAAAUUAGUUUUAUUUUUCGCAGCAGGAUGGAUUUUUUUAUAUCUCUGAGGCUUAAACAGCCCAGCAAGAUAAGAGCACUGCUGCUAUAGAAGUUUGAAAAUAAAAAUCACUGGGUAUAGGAGGAGAACAGAAGAAAGGAGCCUGUGCCACUGAAGUGAACUACAGUCAGAAAGCUUUUCUCCGGACCUCAGGCAGCAGUCCACAGAGAGUGGUAGAGAAAGGGUAAGAAAGGAUAAACCAAACACCCACGCCGUGAGGUACACCAGAACAUAAAUAAAGAAGAGACGAGCCGCAGCUACGAGGCAGACAGAGCGGGAAGGAGAGAAGCGAGAGAAAGAGCCAUGCAGAGGCUUGGUGCAGUGCACUCCUCCGCGGCGCAGGUUCUCAGCCUCGUGGUCUUAGUGCUGCAGCUGCUGACUCAGCUACCGGGUGCCGACUCAGCUCUCCGGUACCGGGUGGCGGAGGAGGGUCCACCUGACGUCAAGAUUGGCAACGUAGCCGCAGACCUUGGCCUCACAGCAGGUACAGGCAGUGGGGAUGUCACCUUUGCCCUGGAGAGCGGCUCAGAGUACUUCAAGAUUGACAAUGUGACAGGUGAGCUGACAACCGGCCCACGGCGCAUCGACAGAGAGAAACUCCCCCAGUGCCAGAUGAUAUUUGAUGAAAAUGAGUGUUUCUUGGACUUUGAAGUGUCAGUGAUCGGGCCACUGCAGAGCUGGGUAGACCUGUUUGAAGGCCGUGUUGUCAUCACAGACAUCAAUGACAAUACACCUUCCUUCCCCUCACCUGUGCUGCAGCUCUCAGUUGAAGAGAAUCGGCCCAUUGGAACCCUUUACCUGCUUCCCACUGCCACAGACAGAGAUUUUGGGCGAAAUGGCAUUGACCGUUAUGAGCUCAUUCAGGACGGUGGGGCUGGGUCAACUUCAUCAAGACGCACAGCAGGAGGAAACCCCAUUACUAGAGUAGAUGGGCUUGGGGACCGGAGGGGUAGAAGUGGAGAUAAUGGGGGAGGAGCUAGAAGCAGUGUGUUUGAACUGCAAGUGGCAGAUAUACCAGAUGGUGAAAAACAGCCACAGCUCAUUGUGAAAGGCACCUUAGACCGUGAGCAAAAAGAUUCAUAUGAGCUUGUCCUGAGGGUUCGAGAUGGAGGGAACCCACCACGUUCCUCCCAAGCUCUGCUUCGUGUUUCUAUCUCUGACGUGAAUGACAACAGCCCACAAUUUGAGAGGUCUACAUAUGAAGCAGAAAUGGCAGAAAAUGCCCCUCCAGGUACACCUGUCCUCCAGGUUAGAGCGUCAGACCGUGAUAUUGGAGUCAAUGGGCAAGUGGAGUACGUCUUUGGAGCUGCAACUGAGUCUGUCAGGCGACUCCUAAGGCUGGAUGAAGCAACUGGAUGGCUGAGUGUUCUCCACAGGAUUGAUAGAGAAGAAGUGGCACAACUGAGGUUCACAGUAAUGGCCAGGGACCGCGGCCAGCCACCCCGCACUGAUCGAACCACGGUAGUUUUGGCUGUUCGGGAUGAAAAUGACAACGUUCCUGUUGUAGAGAUCCGAAAAAUUGGCCGGAUCCCUGUACGAGACGGAGCCUCUUUAGUGCCAGAGAAUGUCUUGGUGGACACACCAGUAGCUCUGGUCCAGGUGUCAGACCGGGACCAGGGAGAGAAUGGAGCUGUGACUUGCACAGUAGUAGGAGAUGUCCCAUUCACACUCAAGCCAGCUGGGGAAACAGUGCUCCCACCCUUACCUGCAGAUGACGCCUUUGACAGGAACAAGAAAAAGUACUUCUUACACACUUCUGCCUUGCUGGACUACGAGGCCACAAAAGAGUACAGUGUAACAAUUGUGGCAGUAGAUUCUGGCAGCCCCAGUCUCUCUAGUAACAGCUCAUUGAUGGUGCGAGUUGUAGAUAUCAAUGACCAUGCUCCAACCUUUGCCCAGAGUGUUGUGGAGGUCCACUUUGCAGAGAACAACUCGCCUGGCGAAAGGGUAGUCACUGUUGUAGCUACAGAUGCAGACAGUGGCAAGAAUGCUGAAAUUGCCUACUCACUCGACCCUGCUGCUAAUGGACCAUUUUACAUAGAUGCAGACAAUGGAGACAUUCGUGCCACUGGGGUUUUGGACCGUGAGCAGCGAGAGCGAUAUGAACUGCGGGUUUUUGCAAAGGACAAAGGCACCCCGUCUUUACAAGGCUCUGCCAGCGUUGUUGUUCAGGUGACCGAUCGCAAUGACAACGCUCCAAAGUUUGUUCAGGAAAUCUUCACAUUUUAUGUAAAGGAGAAUCUGCUAGCCAACAGUCCAGUUGGCAUGGUCACUGUGACUGAUGCUGACGAAGGUCAGAAUGCAGAACUAAGUCUUUUUGUAGAGAUGGAUGGAGUUGAUGAGAAGAUGACAGGAGAAAAAUCAGAGGGAGAAGAUGGUAAAAAAGAGAAUGAAGAGUUGUUCUCCAUUGAGAACAACACUGGAACCAUCUUCUCUUCUGCAUCAUUUGACCGUGAAAAGCUUUCCACCUACACUUUCCGUGUCCGGGCAGUGGAUGGAGGUGAGCCUCGCAAAACUGCUACUGCCACCGUCUCGCUCUUUGUGACGGACGAAAAUGACAACGCCCCCGCAAUUACUUCUCCAGCCAACGAGUCCUACACCCUCCUACCGCCUGCUAGCAGUGCCCGCACCAUUGUCAAAACUGUAACAGCCAUAGACUCAGACACAGGCCCAAAUGCUGAUCUUCACUACUCUCUAGUAGGAGGAAAUCCCUUCCGACUGUUUGAGAUUGGCCACACCAAUGGAGUGAUCACCCUGGCAGAGCCUCUGGAGCGCCGCCACAGAGGUCUACAUCGUUUGGUGGUCCGAGUGAAUGACAGUGGCAUCCCCUCUCUCUGUGCCACUGCACUGGUUCAUGUCUUCAUUAAUGAGAGCUUGGCUAAUGCUUCACUAGUGGAUGCACAGGUGGCCCGAAGCCUGAUGGCUCCGCUGUCACUAGACAUUGCAGGGGACCCAGACAGCGAGCGUGCGUUAGGCAAGCAGCGCCUCAGUGUAGCAAUUGGUGUCCUGGCAGGAGCCGCAGCAGUCAUCUUGGUUAUUCUUCUGGUAGUCACAGCUCGGCAGUGUGGUGCUCAGGGUAAGAAUGGCUAUGAGGCCGGCAAGAAGGAGCCAGAGGAAGAUUUCUUUGGUCCCACGGGGGCGCAGCCACAGGUUGGCCGUGGUGGGGGAUCAGAUCGUGGACGCAAGCCUCGGAGGGACAAGCGCAGUGGAAGCAGUGGGAAUGGACCUGGAGGAGGAAAGUCAGACAGAGCCCUCUACAGUGGUAUAGUCACAGUCAACGGACUGCGUCGCCAUGCCAAUGAUGAUGAUGAAGAGGAUCUGAGCAGUGCUAGUGAGCGCCUGGCAGCUCGUUACUGUGCUGUGGAUGGUGACCCUGGAAGCCCGCGGAUGGGCGGUGGUAGGAGGCAUCAGUCAAGCCCAGAUCUGGCCCGGCACUACAAAUCCAGCUCGCCCCUCCCCGCAGUGAAUCUUCAGCCUCACUCACCUCCAGCAGAGGGAAAGAAGCACCAGGCAGUCCAGGAGCUGCCUCCCUCUAACACCUUUGUAGGCAGUGGUGGGUGUGUGGGAAGUGCUGGUUCCAGCAGCAGCAGUAGUGGAGGCAGUGGCAAUGCAGAUGCCAUGUCCCUGGGAUCUGACCAGUGCUCAGAGUACGGCUGCCAGACUGGAAACAAGUACAGCAAACAGGGGACCCUUCGCCGGGUGACCUUCUCGGUAGUGAGCCAACCACAGGACGGUGGUUGCUAUGACAGUGGCCUGGAAGACUCGGAGACUCCGAGUAGCAAGAGUUCAUCAGGGCCUCGGUUGGGAGCCCUGCCGCUUCCAGAGGAAGGCUACGAGCGAACCACACCUGAGGGCAGCGUAGGGGAGGAGGAGCAUGUGGAGAAUGAUGCUAGACAGCUGCCAGAUGUAGCUUUGACAGGGAAGUGUACCAGGGAGUGUGAUGAGUUUGGCCAUUCUGACACUUGUUGGAUGCCUGUCCGCUCUUCGGCACGGCCGCGUCAGCGCCACGGCAGCGACCCACCACGACUCUCUACCUUUGCCCCCGGAGAUGACAACAAUAAUCUUCGCGGUAACGACCAUGAGAGUGACAGUGAGAGUGCGGGAAGCGCGGGGAGCUCCGAACCCGGAGUGGUCGUCAGUGGAGAAGGUCAGAGAUUACCUUUAGCCAAUGGGGAUCCGCUUGGCACCCUGGGUAGGGGAAACCACAACAGGAAUAUGGGUGAUCACAACCGUAACCUUCUUAACCGCAAGAUGACUUCUGCAUCCUACGACACAUUUAGCAGUGCUGGUUUUGGGAGACGCCAACAAGAGGAGGGAGGGGGAGAAGGCCAAAACCCACCUGAGGUCAUACCACUGACGCGGACAGGAGGGGACUACAAGACCACAUCCUGCCUGACCUUGUCACGCCGUGAGGUCUACCUGUGACAUCCUUGCAGUCCUUACCACUACUUCCUUUUCCGUAACAAGAGGGAGGAUUAAAACUUCACUGGCAAGUCAUCAGCGUGAAAGGACUUGGAACCUGGGAAGAUGUGAAACUGUCAGAAAAGAUGUUUUCCAAAAAUACUUUUUGAUUCUGACUAAUAUUUAUAGGCCCUUAAAUGUAGGAAAAAAAAUUGGAUCAACUCCUAGGAGAACCCUGAACAGAAAGAACACUUUCUAAAGCAUUUUUCUAAAUACUGGUGAAAGUUACCUACAGGCAAAGCUCCUCUUAUGACAAUGUGGAGGAGGACAAUCUUCUCUUCUUUUUACCUGAAUCUGAUGCAUGCCUGACCCUAUCCCACAGAGGGAACUGUAUGAAGAAGAAAGAAGCGGAGACGGUGUAAAUUCUGAUGCUAUAAAUUCCUGAGUGCGUAUAAAAACUGAGUCUACAGCAGACCAGAUUUGGACUCAACUGGUGAGCCAUCUGCUGAAAAACCACAGAGGUUUCAUCCAGUCAAAACAGAUUAAAAAAGAAGUGACGGGUCUUUGAUUGAGUUAUUUGAAUCUAAUUCAAACCAAUCAAUUUUUCUAAUGUCUAAUCAACUGUAUCAUAACACAAGAGGGGGAUAUUAACCAAUCAAACUGCUCAUGUCUUGAGGAUUUUCUGUCAUAAAUAGAGCGUAAAGUACCACCCGAGUGUGAUCACCGUAAUGUUACACACUAGAAAAAAACGUCAGUUGUUUAAAACACAUACGAUUCAGAACAAACAGCAACAAUGUGAAAACAGACUUUUCUUACAAUCAAAUGUAAUUUUUCAGAAUACAGUGUCCUCAUAGUAUGUCAGUAGUGCCACAGUAUUCGGGCGUGUGUGAGAAUAUAUGUUUAUUAUUUUACCUUUACACCCAGUCUGUAUGUAUAUAGUGUAUGUCAGUAUUUGAUAAAACAGCAGCGUUAUCUCUCCGCUGCUGUCUUUCGUUGAGUAGACUGGGGUGCUUAGUUCAUUGCACAUCUACGGUAUCCUAACGGUGUUCAUGUAUGAUAAGUGCUCUCUCACGCACACGCGGACACAUAUGCACUCAUACGCAUGCAAGCGCUCAUACACUGAGCAUAGCAUGUAAACACAAACAUACAGUGCAUUUACAGAAUGUGGACGUGCAUAAGGCCACCGUUUAUGACACGAGUCAGUGGCUGUGUAACAUAAAGUAUGUAAUAACCUGCAUUAACUUUCAUACAGAAAAAAUUAAGAACAGGCAAACACAACACACACAUACACACAGCAUAUUUAAACAUAAGUCAUAUAAACGCAGUGCAUAGUUCAUGUGCACUAUGUAUGUAUGUGCUUUUUUAUCAUAAUUUUUUAACAUUAUCAUUGAACUAGCUGUAGCAUUUUGCCUGCUCCCCUCCAUCCAGUAUUUAAACAUGAAAUGUAUUUAAUAAUUAUUCAUCUCUGACUGAUGUGUGAGACUACAUUAAAGGGAAUUUCAGUGACAUCUACUGUAAGUGACGAUAGACAAUGUGAAAACCGGAGCUAUUCUGCUGUACGUAGGACUCAUAGAAAAGACCAAACUUCUAUAGCUUCUGUAAGAAAAAAAGGAAAGAAAAAAACUGCAUGAAAGAAAGAUUAUGCUAACUUUUUUUUCCUCUCUUUUUUAAACCACAUGCUUUUUUGAAUACCACGCCUAUUUGGAUACAUCUGUACUAAAUGUGUGUGCUCGCGGGGAAAUGGAGAUAAUGAUUGCAGCAAGGGAGUUAGCUUCAGUGGAUGAGAUCGUUUCUUCUUUAUCGUGGAGAGAGUUUGAAGUAACCUUGGGCCCUUUCGCUCACUUUGGCACAAAGGAUGCCAGAGGCUAUAUAUAUAUAUAUAUAUAUAUAUUAAAAAAAGAACAUAGUGAAUUGGGAACGUAAGACUUGUGCUGCGACCCGUUUCACCGCGCAGUGCUGACCUGAACACGCCCAUACUGCUGUGCUGAACUGCACAGAUAACAGACUCCUUCACAUUUUGUCCUUCCCAUCAGCUACUGCACGACUUCGACACACUCUGCUGCACUGGGCUAAAGAGUGGGUGUGGAUUGAGGCCAACACAUCUUAAUUCCCAUCAUCAGUGUGUGGCUCAGUGGUGUGAUAGGGAUAAUAGGGUUAGGUCGUCCCUGUGGUCUUAAUGAGUUUCUUUUCUCCUCUCUUCUCCUCCCUUGAUCUGUUCUGAUCUCAUUAAUGUCUGGAUAGAGGAAUGUAGCACUGCUGGAAAAUUGCUAGUGUGUCUCUUAAUUUUUCUGGUUGUUUUCGGAACAUAAGAGUGAACUAAGACAUUUUUUAAAAAAAAAUGUGUAGUAAGGUUCAGCUUACUCACAGAGUCGCGGCUUGACUGUCACCUCACUGAAAGGUAACUGGACUGGAAAUGAAGCAGGAAUCAUUGUGACACCUCCUUAGAUUUUACAAGGAUAAGAACAGCUCCGUGUGUGUGGAUACACUUUGUAUACCUGUAUAUAUCUUUAACUUUCCAACUCUGUAAAAAACACUCUUUAGCUUCAGGUCCACUGAUGUAUUUACUCCCAAAGCCUUCAUUACUCCCAUAUACCCCAAUAUGGCUGUUUACUGAGCUCUGUUUUUGAUGGACUGUGCUGAGGAUGUAACAAAAUUCAAAGCCUAACAUUUGGGAUUUUUCGCUUCUUGGAGACUUCAUGGGGAUUGAAAACAAUCAUAAUAUCCUGCAUGGUAUGUUCUGAGAGACAAAAGGACACGUGCUCAUUCUCUGGGAGAAUGAGUUGAGAUAAAUGGUUUUCAGACCCUUAAAGGGCAUCAAGAACCCGUGGAGAAACCAGUUUGUGAGUUUUGCAAAGAGACUCUUGAGACAGCCCUGCCUUUUAAAAGUGGCAAAUAUUUCUUCAAACUGCUGUUUUAUGGCAGUUCCAUGAUGGCACCUUUCAAACACUUAAGAGUGGAUUUAAGGGAACUUUAUGUAAAUGAAUCUGUGUGGGUGUGUCUCUUUUUUUUAUACUGCACGUUUAAACAUGAAGAUGUUUCAGUCUACUGCGAAAAUGAAGAGGGGAGAGAGACAGAGAAAGGCAUCAUGUCUGAGAUCUGCCACCUACUAAUCAAGACACUUUUGAGAAGAGACACUUCAGUGGACGCCAUGUACCUGUCAUCCCCCUUGUGCUGUUACCCUAGCCAUGUACAAAUAAAGUACACUGUAGAACAGACAACUGGAAACCAUAACAAACGAUGGCAUGCUUAAGGUUCAAAUCUGCACUUGAUAAAAAAAGGAAAAAAAAAUGUUAUUUUUGUUUUCCUCUUCUUUGUUUUCUUUACCUUUAGGAAUUGGCUCUGUUUCUUUGCCAAUUCCCCCCUGUAAUUACAUAAUGAACUAAUUGCAUUUGCUAUGAUGUGGAAGAAGGAGAAGAGCUCUUGACGAAUGGUUUGGUAUGAAGAUUAAUCAUGUAAAAGUUUGACUUUGACAUUAAAAACUUCAGACAUACCCAUUGGCUGUUAGCACAUUCACUCUGUUCUCAGAUUAUUUUGCACAGUAACAAUGAGAGCAACAGCAGGUGUGACACUUGUAAUGACACCAAGCAAAAUAACUUGCAAUAUUUUUUUUUUUA